AUGAACAUCCCAGCUUUGCUCUACUUCCUCAAUGCCCUAUGGACAGUUCCAGGCUUGAUUUUCUCUCGGGAAACCGGCACAUACAAUACUUCUAGAUUCGAAGUACAUUCCUUGCCCGGCGUAUCCGAUCUGCCGCCCAGCUGGGCCGGUCGCCUUCCAGUUCCGGGGACAAAAGAUGGGAAUGACAUAUUUUUCUGGCUCUUCCAAACGGAGCAGCCAGCAUAUGAUGAUAAUUUGAUCAUCUGGUUCAACGGCGGGCCUGGCUGUUCCUCGUUGAUAGGUCUAACGACUGGCAAUGGACCCAUUACGUUCGAUGGCAAUUCAACUCGGUUCACGCGCAAUCACCACUCAUGGACGAAGCUGGGAAAUGUGCUUUACGUCGAUCAGCCCGUUGGUACUGGCUUCUCCACGGCCAGUUCUCCCUAUCCAGUGAAGGACAAUGCCCAGGUCACGAGCAACUUUACGCAAUGGCUGCGUGAAUUCUUCGAAUACUUCCCACAUCUGAAGUUAAAGCAAAUUCACAUGAUGGGUGAGUCCUAUGCAGGUAUCUACAUACCAUAUUUUGCAUUUGGGCUUCUCAAUGACAACAACUCCUUGCCUCUCAAUGUACGUUCAAUAACUCUCGGUGACGGCUCUUGGGGAAAUGGAGCAGCCAUGUCUUCCGUAGCCAUGAACAGAUAUCUCCACUCGCAACUGGAUCUCCUGCAAAUUCCCAAAGAUGUUCUAUCUGUCUUCGAUGAAGCAGACAAAACCUGCGGCUUUAACGAGGUGCUCGCAAAAGCCGCCCUCUACCCUCCCCAGGGUAAAAUUCAUAUACCCGGAAAUCCCGAAUAUUUCAACCUCCGACGACGAGACCUAACAAACGCCAUGACUGCCGCGUGCGAUAUCGCACCCACAACUCCCGAGGAAGUCCGCACCUCAAUCUUCAACUCAACCUGCUACGGCCCCUGCGCCACUUUCUCCACAGCAAGCGACUACAUGACAGCCAUAUCCGCCAACCGAACGCGCGGCUGUUUCGACAUCUAUGACAUCUCCCACGACUGCAGCGCCGUCUCAGAGCUCCCUUUGAUGGCAGAGUAUUUCGGUCGCGCAGACGUCCAAGCCGCCCUGCAUGUCGAAAACAACGGACCGUACAGCGCCUGUAAUUCCACGAUUCUGACCACGCUUCUUGCAGCGCCAUCCCCAGUCCCACCGGAGUACUUCAUCCUCCCAUCGCUGGUGGACAAGCACAACGUCUCGCUCCAUCUCUACUCAGGAGAAUGGGAUAUGCUGCUCACCCACUUGGGCGCAGAGUUAUCGCUGCAGAAUAUGACGUGGGAUGGCGCACAAGGCUUCGCGCAAAAGCCUAAUCGACCGUUUUUUGCUAAUAAUGCCGCGCCAUCGGCGCCUGAAAAAUGGGUAUCCAGAUCUACACCGACUGCUACUACUCUCGCGACCGCCACUCCGACCGCCGUUGUGGCGGGCACGUGGGGAGAGGAGCGCGGUGUGUCAUAUCACUUCUUUCGUCGAUCUGGGCAUAGUGUGUUUGUGGAAAAGCCGGAGGAGAUGUUUUCCUACGUCAGAGAUGUGGUUGUUGCGCCAAGGAGGUGGUGA